AUGGCGCGUGUAGGGCUGAAUAGGGUCACGUGUAACCGAAACCGACUGCAACGAUCUCCCUGGACUGUCUGGUUCAAUUUCCAGCCAUUCGGUUUCUCCCGACAAAUCUUGAAACCGGCGCCAAAUGGAUGUGAAUUCCGUCGGCCGGCUGUCAGCGGAAUUGGGGUGCAUGACGUCGAAGACUACCUACCCACAUUCAAUUGA